CAAACAACAACAACGAUGUCAUGGCGGGUAUUUUAACUUAGUUGAGUUAGUUUGUAUCUAUGUACAUAUUUGCUACCGGAAAUUUGCUGAUAAAAACAAAAUAUGGAAAACGUUGAAACUCGUGAAAUGUCUCAGCUACAGGAAAAGUGCAGAACACAGAUAUCAUCACUGGAAACUGAAAUUGAGAAACUGGAGCAACAGCUGAACCAGCGAGAACAUGUGGCUUUAGGCAAAACCGGCUGGAACAUGGAAAACAUGAGAAAAUCAAAGAUGAUUGCCAGAAGUGCAAAGGGGAAGACAGUCAAUGAAGUGAAGAGUCAAAUAACAUCUGUACAAGAGAAGAUUAAAUUAAUGGAGGAAAUUACUGGUGUUACUGUUGAUGAAGCAAAUUGGAAAGUUAUCUCUGAAGAUGGAUCGGUUGUAACAAGACAGCAUAUUGUUGAAGGCUUGGUCUAUACCACUCCCUUCAUUCUGCAGUUUACUGUUCAGGAAGAUUUUGCUUCCACUGAUAGUGCACCUAUUUUGUCUGACCUAGUGUGUAUGAUUGAUGACAACAUUGUCAAGUUUCUUGAACACCCUCUUGACAGGAUUGUUGAGGACACAGAAAUUGAGGGUUUCUUCAUAAUAAUGACUUCUUACAUGAAAUGGUUCAAGGAGAAGGAGAAAAUAUUCCAACAUUUCAUAGACAAAUUCCCCACGAUCGUCUCAAGACUCAGAAGUCUGCACAAUGAACUGAAGAUAGAAAAUGAACACAAUCUCAGUCCAGUGUUCGUAUUAAAGUGGAAUCUUACUGUAAACUCAUGCCAUCAUGUCAACCGGAAUCUGACACUCUCUGUGAAAGCUCCUCAUAACAUGCUAAAGCUAGAUGAGGGUAAAACUCUAGCAUCAACACCAAGCAUGUUCAGCUCUAUGGUGGAGAAACUUGGUGUGGAGAGAGCUAUAUACACUCUAGUACAACUUGUACAGGGAAGAUGAACAUGUUAAAGUAUAGGACUUAUUGAGUGUAUCUGUUAUUUAUUGACUGUUUGAUCACGUAUAGCUCUUCUUCGUCUACAGAUUAUGCCUGUUUAUUCUGUUUCCACUGACUGUCCUCUAUCAUCCGUUGGCUGCCCAUUGGAUUGUCAUGUGUGCACUAGUAGAGUUUUUUGGUUGCUGCAUUUAUGGAGUACACAUCGUCAUCAUAACUGAUUGCAGUUUUGUUGUGUGUUCAUUAUCUUUUGAAAGUAAGAGGCUGUGUCUAAGUCCCACCCACUGGCAUUGGUAAAUAUUUGGCCAGAGAUCGACAUGCCUGAGCCAUAAUUCUGGGUUCGUAUACAUCCUAAUUAAUUGGAUAAAGGCACGUAAAUAUAGUUGGGUUGAGUAGGAGGCUGUUUGAGAGAAGUAGGCUGGUCUAUCAACUCAACACAGUGAAGUGUAUUGAAUGCCUCUGAAAAUUGUGGGAAAGAUUUUUUCAUUGGUGCAUCGCUCGCACAAAUCUAAUUUUACGUAUUUCAACCUAUUUGUUUGUGCAGUAAAUUUAGCACAUAAUUUGCACGGACAUCGCGUGUUACGUUAGAGUGGAAUGAGUUACUUGAAUUCUCAGAGACCUGGUAUAAUUGCACCCCCUGCAAUUAAGAAAAUGUCCACGGCAAAAAAAAAAAAGUGUCAUUGAAAAAAACUUAAUAUGGUCCAACGUAAAAAAAAAAAGUGCCAUGGAGAAUUAAAAACUCCACGGCAAUGCCGAUGGGUAAUUGCAGGGGUUGUAAUUGUAAGCAUGAAAGGUUGGAGGCAGUGGCAGCAACAUCAGCAGUCAAAACCUGCUGCCUGCUAACCACUAAUGAACACUGGUUUUGAUCUCAUAAGUACUUUUAAAGAAAAAAAACUUCCUUUUUUUUAGCAGAUUGAACUUGAAUUUCACCCAAGUUUGGGGGUUCACUCCGUCAUAGAUCAAGGUUGCAACAUUGAAUUCAAAUUUGUAAAAUUGGACACAGCAAAGUGAUGCCUAAAAUAAUUAUGUUUUGGGUCAAUAUCAGUAUCACAGAUGCUGGACAUAAAAACGCAGUUUACAUUAAUUUGAACAUCUCAACUUUGUUAGACAGAGUUAUAUACUGAUAGUUGUGGGUGGGAAGGGGGUAUGUAUGUGUUUUCUUGGGGUUUUUUCCAUCGGUAUACUUUUUUAUAAUCUGUUCCUUUCUUAGUUACAAUAACCCAACUAGUGUUCAAAAUACAGCCACGUUUUUCAUCGCUGAUUGAGAGUCUCUUAUACAUAUGAUCUUUGAUAAACAUACCUUGACGAAUUGGUUGAAACAGUAGAUAACCAUGGAACAUUUUGUUCGGUAUUAUGUCACAAUUCGCUGCGCAAGUUUCAGAGAUUGCUACACAAUUUUAAAACAUUUAACAGUAGUCGUUAAUCAAUUUUUAAUUGAGUAGAAAUUAUAUUAAUCAAUGUUUUCAAAACAAAAUGUUCACUAAUAAUUCAAUGGUUCGACUAAAGCUUAUGACAUACAAUGUAAGUCUAUGCCAAAUGCUUUAAUAAUACUUUAUAUAAUGUUAUAGGCAAAAUAACCAACUCUUCAAAUUCACGAAUGACCCCUGAAAGGCUGGUAAAAUCCUCAGUAUAAUUCAUUCAUAGAAUUGGCGUAAAUCUGAAAAUUUCAGUAAUUUACCACACAAAAAAAGAAGCCACAUAAAUACUAAUUGCCUGUUUUGGUUUUGGGUUUUUUAAAUUGGGCUUCUUUAUCUACUGAACACAAUGACAUGUAUAACAUAUGAAUAUUGCUAAUUUAAACAUUAUUAUUGUUAUAGAGAUCAUUGUGUUUAAUAAUAGAGUAUUGUAAUUUGUAUAAAGUAAAUUACAGUUGAAAAAUGUUGUUUGUUUUGACUUCAGUGCAUUGUGGUUGUUGCUUGUGUCAUUAGUUGAGUGCUUGUGAGUUGUCAAGCCCAUAGACGCCUUUCAAAUAAGAGUGUUUAUGGGUCGACUUGCCCUCUUUGUGGCACAUUGUAACAAAACGUAAUGUAAUGUUUUACAUACACACCAAACCUACUGAUUUUGAUGGUGAGCUUGCAAUAUUAUACAUUAUUGGUCCUACUAUUAUCAGAAACAAUUAGAACAGUAUAUAAUUUUUAUGUACAUUAAAAUUUAGCUUCCACAAAAACAUCAAAACAAAAGUCUGCAUGCAAAGGGGUACCCUGUCGCAACAGCCCCACCCUAUCACAUAUGUUGGUAUAACAACAAUUGUCGAGCAUAUUCAAGGUAUUGAAGGUUUUUUUUUUUUCAUUUUUGGUCACAUUUUCACACAGUAUAUAUAUUUUUUUAUACAUACAUACACAGAUCAAAAUUAGUUAAUAUAAAAUAAAACAACAAACUUCUUGCCAACACAUCAUUGAACCUCACUCAGUACUAAACACUCAACAUUUCUUGUACAUGUAUAUAUGGUACAGGGCCGUAGCUAGCGGGGGGGGGGGGGG